GGCGAGGCGGACUGAGGAGCAGUGGGCAGGUUUCUGUUAGAAGUAUCCGGGUUUGGUGAAGACGGCAACGUUUCUGGCUGCCACGGUCCGGGAGCCUUGUGAAGGGCUGUGGGGCUCGCGCGCUCGCGUCUGACACAAUGGUCGAAGACGAACUGGCACUCUUGGAUAAAAGCAUAAAUGAAUUUGGAGAUAAGUUCAGAAACAGCCUCAGCGACAAUCGGAGUCAGGUGCUGGGCCUCAGAGAUGCCUUCAAGGACUCCCUUAGAGCCCUCUCAGAAAAGCUGUCUUUGAAAUUAAAGGAAGAAGAGAGGAUGGUUGAGAUGUUUCUGGAAUAUCAAAAUCAGCUCUGUAAGCAGAAUAAAGUCAUUCAAGAAAAGAAAGAUAAUUUAUUAAAGAUGAUUGCUGAAGUAAAAGGCAAAAAGCAAGAAUUGGAAGUGCUUACUGCAAAUAUACAGGAUCUCAAGGAAGAAUAUUCUAGGAAAAAAGAAACCAUUUCCACUGCUAACAAAGCAAAUGAAGAGAGACUGAAACGGCUGCAGAAAUCAGCGGACCUGUAUAGAGAUCGCCUGGGACUAGAAAUUAGGAAGAUUCAUGGUGAUAAGUUGCAGUUUAUAUUCACUAGUAUUGACCCCAAGAAUCCCGAGAGCCCCUAUAUGUUUUCCCUGAGCCUCAAUGAAGCUAGGGAAUAUGAAGUGUCUGACUGUUCGCCUCAUCUUGGAUGCCUAGCAGAAUUUCAGGAGAAAGUCAGGAAGACCAACAACUUUUCUGCAUUUCUUGCCAAUGUUCGGAAAGCUUUUAUAGCUACAGUUCAUAAUUGAGGUAGAAGUUGUAGGAAUUCUCAUCUCU